AUGUCUGUGGCUCGGCUCUCCACCAAAGACAGUGAAAGGGAGUCUAAAAGGUCUAAAAAGGGGAACUCAUUUGUGCUGGGAUUCUUGGACGAGGAUAAGAUUGGAACCAUUCAACCUCAUGACGAUGCUUUGGUAGUUACGCUAAGGAUUGGAGGGUUCGAUGUGAAGAGCGUACUGGUAGACCCGGGCAGUGCUGUAGAGGUGAUGUACCCUGAUCUGUACAAGGGGCUGAACCUAAAGCUCGAGGACCUAAUGGCUUAUGACUCCCCUCUUGGAAGUUUCGAAGGGAAGACUGUCACACCAAAAGGGCAAAUCAGACUACGCAUACAGACCAAAUCAGAGGUGGUGGAGGUGGAUUUUAUCGUGGUCGACGCCUACUCACCAUACACGGCCAUAGUAGCCAGACCUUGGCUCCACGCCCUAGGAGCUAUUUUUUCUACACUUCACUAG